CAUGUUUGGCGCAGAGUUGCUGGCCAUGGACGCAUCAUGGCACCUUCUCGUUCGGUUCUUGAUCGCACGCGGCAAUUGUUUCGCACUUGCGUUCGUUCCUGCCGGAAGACACCUGAGCGCGGGGUUCGGGAGCGUGGUCCUUCACCAGGCCUGUCCUCGGUGCUAUUCGCGAAACGGGAAACAAGCAUGUUUCAUCAAUGCAAAUGCGGGUGGCUUAGCCGCUCGCAUUCAUGGGUUUCUGUUCACACCCUACACUGACGUCAACAUCGCCACUCCGUCUCGAUCCAUUGGCCGAAUCCCAGGAACACGGCAACAUACGAAGAUACGGGGAAAGGGAGAGGCUGGACCUGUUAGGAUGGAGACACUGGAGCAUGGGGUGCAGGAGCGCGGUCCUUCAUCGCGCUCCUUCACUGUGCUUGUCUUCGCUGCUAGUCGAGAAAUGGGAAAUGGGAAACGAGCAGCUAGGCCGCUCGUGGGUGGUCCAUUCUGCACGUACUCAAUCCUACAUCCCAGCCCUGCCCAAUCCUAUGUCCCAGCCCUACUCAAUCCUACAUCCCAGCCCUGCCCAAUCCUACAUCCCAGCCCUACUCAAUCCUACAUCCCAGCCCUACUCAAUCCUACGUCCCAGCCCUACCUACAACAGGUUUCCAAACCUACUCGAAACCUACCUCCCAAACAAACGUCCCCAUA